UCAUCGUCAUCCAGAAUUUACAAACAAACAAGAUGGAGGGAGGCUCGGACUCGUCGAUACAGGUGCUCAGAGAAUCGACAGCUGACAAAGAAAAUGUGUCAUUUGAGCCUCCAGCUAAGAAAUUUAAAGUGACAGAAGUUCACUCAGAUUGUAAACAUAAGUUGGAAGACAGGCUUAGUGGCAUACUGUGCUGUGCAGUUUGUUUAGAUCUACCCAAAACAUGUUAUCAGUGUACAAAUGGUCAUCUUAUGUGUGCUGGCUGCUUCAAUCAUUUGUUGGCAGAUGCACGCAUUAAAGAUGAAACAGCAACUUGCCCUAAUUGCAGGUGUGAAAUCAACCGUUGUGUCUGCAUUCGCAAUUUGGCAGUCGAAAAAGCUGUGUCAGAGCUACCAUCUGACUGUGCCUUCUGCAACUCAAAACUUCCAAGAUAUCAAUUGGAAUACCACCAGAAGGAGCUAUGUCAGGAGAGGCCCUGCUCAUGUCGAUACUCCCGGAUUGGUUGCCACUGGGAGGGCCCUUAUCAUGAGGUGGCAGAGCAUGAAAGUAACUGUGCUCACCCUAAGAAAUCUGGUGAGGAGAUCAUGAGUGCUCUAGAAGCCAUAGAUGCUCAAAGGCAGGAAGAACAUAAACUGUACAGUGAUAUCUUCUCCUUGUUGUCUUUUGAGAAGAUAACUUUCAAUGAUCUUCAAUUGAAACCAUUCCGCACUGAUGAUUUUAUUACUCGUCUCUACUAUGAAACAACACGUUUUACUGCCUUUAACCAACAGUGGGUUAUAAGAGCCAAAAUCAAUUCAGAUCACAAGAAUCCCACUCACACUAUCAAUAGGUCUUUGUCAUACCAGCUGGUUGCUAAAACAAAAUUAACAGCUCCUAUGGUGAUGCACUUUCUUGCCUUGAGCGGACCCUUUGGAGGCAUUAAGAUGAAGUCCAAAGUCUACAACUUUGAAUUCACAGAAGAAGCGUCUGAAACAGAAUACCUUGAUCUUCCCAUUGAUUCAGCUGAAUGCAACAAACUUCUGGCAUCAAAAACCAUCAAUUUCAGACUGGUUAUGUUUCAAGUUACAAAAUGAAUAUUACUGAAAUAAACAAACAGAUAGAUGACAACAAAUAUUUUUGCUGUCAUUUUUUUUGUUAAAUUUAAAUUAUUAAGGAGCUACAUACUUCUAAAAAUGAUGCUGUAUCAAGUAAACAUGUUAAGUAAUUGCAGAAGUUGUCAAUUUUUUAAAGUCAUGACCCUUUCUUUAAGUGACAUGUUUAUUUAUGAUUGACAAAUCUCAUAAAUAGGACCAUAGAAUUGCUUUGAAGUCUCAUUGGGAAUCUAGAUUGCAAAAACCUGAAACCUCUACUGUAAUGACUUGACAUUGGAAUAUUCAUCUUAAGUAAGAUGUUUGUUUGUUUAUACUUUUAAUGAUCUGCUCGCUAUCGACAGACUUUAUUUCAUCCAAUAAGUAGUUUUAAGUGGGGCAUUAACUGUUAUAGGUAACAGCUGCAUUCUUUUUUUUUUCCACUUCAUUUGUAUGAAAUGUCCAUGCUUAAUUUAAAUAGUAUAUUAAUGUAUAUGUAUACAUAGAGAUAGGUUUGAAUAGAAUACUAGUCUUUAUUCAUUUUAAUGUUAAUAUAUGAUUGAUGUCUUUAAAAUGAAAAGGAGAAAUGAUUUGUCUAUAAAUUUGAUUAUAUAUGAUCAUAGAAAUCUUUCCUUCUUAACUUUAAAUAUAUGCCAUUGUGAAUAUUUUAAAGUAAGAAAUAAUCUUGUUCUGUCUUAAUGAAAAUAAUUUAUUGAAAUGUCUAUACUGUCCAUUGUAAAUACAUCACUGUACAGUAUUAGAUGACAAAUCCUUGUGAACAUGAUUUCUAGUUUUCCAAUGAGAUUACUGUAAAUAGAUGUCUUCUUCAGGGGUGUCAGGAAUACUGUUGGCUGAUUGUGAUUGUCUUAAAACUCAGCUCUUCACCCUUUGUUUCAUUUUAUUUUUCUCUCACAUUUUAACCAAUGACUAGUCUUAAUAACAAAUUUAUAUAAGAUCUUGCAAAAAGUUUUCAUUAAUUAAUGUUUUAAUAUCAAAAUAAUUCAUUAAACUUUAAAAUGCUUUCAGAAAUGUAUCACAAUUGAUAUUCCAGUUCACACAGAGCCUUAUAAUUACUUUAAAAAAAAUAAUUUUAGCUCUUGCAGUUAAUAGCUACAUUAGCUAUUGUAGCUUUUAAAAAUAAUCUCGGUAUCAGCAAAAAGUUAUAAUAUAAUGAUGGUCUUCUUUGAGCUUCUUUAAUGUGUCUAUUUAGGAACAAAUGUAAUUUGUACUAAUUAAAAAAAAAACUAAGAGUACAAGACAGAAAUAAAAUUUACUCUGAGCUUGUGCUAGUGGUUAGUGUUUUAUUUCACAUUUCUUCAUUGUAGUUUCCAAUCUAAUUCUUUCUUUUACAACCUUCAUUUUAUUGUAUUAGUUAACUUUUAGAAAAUGUUUUGGUUUCUUUUUUUUUUUUGUUUAUAAUAUUUUGUUUAUCAUUAAUUUUGAGGUCAUUUCAUUGGUUCAAUUAUUUUAGGCACAGUUUUAGAGUUUCUAAUCAGCACUUUUUAUUGUUUUGUAGUUUUCCAUUUUACCUUGCCUUUAAACUUGACAGAAAAAUUCAUACCUAACGUUUCACACAUUAACUAAGAAUUCUUUCAGUGCUUGCAAUAGUUAUUCAUGACUAAAGUAAGCGACAACAAAGACAUUUGUUUUUAAAAGUAUAUUCAUUUCAGACUUUUUCAUUUUGGAAACAUGUUUUUUAGGAUAUAAAUGUUCUUUACAAAGAAAUAAUUUGCACAGCAGGUUUUGUCUUUUUGUUUUCAUUGUUUUAUUUAUUUUAUUUUUGUUAUAAAAUCUCAUUGCUUAGUUGUUGGGUUAAUUUUAUUUUUUUUUACCAUAGUUUGUAUGUUUAAAUGAGCUACUUAUGAAUUAAUUCACUUUAAAAAGCUACUAUGUAUGCUUCUUCAAAAUCCAUCUCUUUUUUUAGAUUGUGAUGAUAGCCCACAAAAUGUUUUGCAAAGCAUAUUAUUAGCUAUGUGAAACUAGUCUUGAUUAAGAAUCCAAGUGUAGUUUUAAGUUUUAACAAAUAAUCCAAUGCACAAUUUUUUUAAAACUAUAAAUGUUAAUUAAUUAAAGGUAUCUUAGGAUGCAGAUACCCUAUAAAAACCUUAGCCAAAAAAAUUUCUACCUGAUAGUUUAAAAAUAAAAAAUGCUGCUACAAUUUCUUUUUCAAUGAUUCUAAAAUAUAAUUUCAUUUUUUUUUUAUUUCAAAUUUCCAAUUAGAUCUAACAAGGGAGCAUGGUGGCUGAGUGUUAAAGCUCUUGGCUAAUGAAAUGUCUCUGUGAGACUGGGAUUUUUAAUUUCUGGACUUUUAGGACACCCCUGGGUCCACCCAUCUCCAGUGACUUUAGUUGGGAGAAAGUAAAAGCAAUUGGUCAUUGUGCUGGCCACGACACCCACAUUAACUAUCAGCCAUAGAAACAUGACCUUUUAAUCAUCCCCCUAUUGAUCCGAAGGCCUGAAAGGUGGACCUACGUUAUUAUAAGAUCAAAAGGUCUGAAAGGGAUACUUUACUUACAGCGUCGCACACAAAACUAACAUGCAAUAUCUUAAUUUAAGUAAUGUAUUUAUUUUGUAGGCUGUCAUCACAUUUUGUUUUGUGUAACAUUUUCAUCUCCUAUUUUUGUAUAGUUUGAUUUUUUCAUUCCUUCAGAUAAUUGAAAAAGUGUAAAUGUGUUGUUUAUUAUCAAACUAUUUUGAUUUUACUGCUGAUGGAUUUUUUUGGUUUUACUUUUGUGUCCUCAAAAUUUAACUGAGACUAUAGGCUUUAAAAUAAAACUAGUUUCUUUGUAGGUUAACCCUCAACUUUUUUGUUUCGAUAAACACAUUUUCAGUAAACACUGUGUGUUUCACAGAUAUCUCUAGUUUUCAUCAAAUUUUUUUAUGAGUUCUACAACAGAGUAAAAAAAAAAGUUGAGGAUUUUUAUAUCAAAGUGAUGUGUCUUUUAUAUCUAUGCACAAAAACAUGUGCACAAAAAAAUAAAUACUCACACACAUAAAAUAUAUUUUUAGAUGUAAAGCAACUUAUCUCUGAAGACAUUUACUACUGAUAACAUGCAAUUUUAAAACAGAUAGUUGGUAUAUAUAUGUUUGAAUGUGUUGUGCAAUCUAUACCAUGAAUGUUUACAUCAGAUUUGAAUGAAUGCGUAUUACUUGACAUGUUCCUAUAUUGUGAGUUUCUGUUACUAGAUCUCUCAUGUGGCUAGAGAGUGCUUUGGAUUUUCUUGACUAUGCCAGGGGAAUGUGUUUACAGGAAUUUUGAGGAAAAGAGACUUCAAUGGGAUCUAUAUUUUUAUAAAUGACACAUAAACGACAUUUUUCACAAAAAAAAAUCUAAAUAUGAAGUCUUGUUCUAUUUAAUAGUAUUAGUACCCUAUGGGCCAGUGUUAUUAUUAGUAUUGCUUUUGUAAAGCUUGACUCCUCUAGCAUGGUCAGUGUGCUCUGGUUCAAUCUCUAAUGGGGGAAAGUUUCAGUUUUUUCUUUUAAGGGCACAGCAAAUACGAAUUUCUAAUCAAAUAUUACCUAGUCCAGACCUGGAUUUGAACUCAGGCCUCUCAGUUAGUUAGCCAAGCUCAGUCACAUGUCCUAAAUGUGUCUGGUUCUUAUGAUUAAAGAUAAGUAUUUAUGCAAGCAGGUAUUUUUGAGAAUAUGUUUAAAGGAUUGAAUGAAUGAAGACUGCUUUAAAUAAAUGGUCAUGUGAUUUUCUUGCUGUAAAAGAAAUCUAAAUGGUAAUAUUAUCACACCAUUUCCCUCAAUGUAUUAUUAUUGAUUAUGUGUCCUGCUAAACCUCUUUUUUCACUAACAUCUUACAGGAUUUGACUUUCUAUUUUUGAUUAAAUUAAAUAAUGGUUCCUUAUAUAUAGCUUAAUCUAGACACUGAUCUUUAUUAACUGUAGGCUGCAAAUUAAAAUAGCAGAAACUGUUUUGGCCCAAUAUAUUACCAUUUUCUAACCAAAUAUUUUACUGUUAUAUUAUACUUAAUAUACUAGAAUAAUCUUGUGCAAUAAUAGGUUAUGAAAAUAGACCAUAAUU